AGAAGGAAGGUACUGUUUGGCAUCCUUGUAGAAAUGAUACGGUAACAAUGGAAGAAUUCCAUUGCGAUAUUGCACACAUUCUUCAAAACAGGGACUUUACUGUGUUGCAAAAGUUGUUGUCGCAUUCUAAUAAUUUUCGUGCAAAAAUUAGCGCCAAAAUAGAAGAUACAAUCACUCAUGAAAUUGAGUGUAAGGAGAAAAGGACAUUGCAUGUAAAUAGAAUAUCAGAAUUAAAACAAGAAAUUGAUAGCCUGAAAUCUGAAAUAGAUGCGACAAAACUACAACAGAAAAUAGUAGAUAAAAAGAUUUUUAAUGCAAUUAAACAACAGGAGGAAUUAAAGGAAAAAGUAAACAAUGAGAAAUCAAAAAGAGAUAGUUUGUGUAUUGAAAUGGUUGAUUUACAACAAGAGUCUGAAAAAAGAAGGGAGAAUAAGAUAUUAACUUGGAAUGCUAUUAAGCGUGCCUGUCACAUUUACAAGCAAUAUCUGGAUGUCCAUGUACAACUGCUUGAUACUAAGGAAUGUGAACAUAUACGAAUAUCCUUUUUUACGCAUAAUGAGGAUUUGAACAAUAAAUAUUUUGUGAAUUUGUAUAAUUCUAGCAAUCAGUGGAAAGUGGAAGAAGUUCAGCCGGAGUUUAAAAAAGAAGACUUUGAUGACUUUAAAGGGAUCGUUGACUUUUCUGCACAAUCAGAAAUAUUUGAUAUUACAGCAUUUCUUUGUAAAUUAAGGCAUAUAUUUAUUAAAUGUUAUUAUUACUAA